AUGGCGUCAGCGUGCGCGUCCGUGACAUGCCAUCCCAGGUGCACGCUUCGGCUCGCGUCCAAUCAGCCGUCGUCUCUCGCCUCACGCAACUCGCUCACUUGCCGGCCGUCCAAGAGACUAAUCUUCGGACCGGCUCUGAAGCAAUACUACGGCGGCAGGACGCAGCGGAAGCCGCCUCCGUACCCGAUAUACACAAUACUUGCCGACGCAACAGCUUCUACCUCGCUAGAAGACAAACCCGUUACCAGCAAGCAAUCCGUCGCCGUCCUCGAAUGCGACUGCCACGUGGCGGGCCUGCUGCCAGCUGGACGGCGUCAUCAUGAGGGCUCAAACGGUCCCAACGGAUCAGUCAACGGAUCGGCCAGACAGCGGUCAGCCAAGCGCGGGCCGUGCAACGUGUGCGGAACCGGUAAGCCCUUGAAAGCCGUGGCAGUACCGACCGAUAAGCCCCAAGGCAGCAGAAGCAACACCAACGGCGGCCUUUGGGGCCUAGCUAAUUCCCUAGGCGGUCUGCUGACUCCCGACGCUGAUAUCAACGUGCUCUCCUCCCCCUCCCUGCUUUUCCCCGCUUCUGGCGGCGUCGUUGGCGGUGCUGACGACGCGCUGUACUUUACAGAAGACGACGAGGAUGAGGAAGAGGAGCGGCUGUACGACGCAGUGAGUCUCAGCAGCAGCAUCAGCAGCAGCGGCGACGAUGUCAGCAGCGAGGGAGGGUUCAGCCGCGUGAGCAGCACCGGCAGCCUGUCCGGCCUCGACGACCGUGUACGCGUUAAAGUACAUCCGGGGCGAGUGGACAUCUUUAACGGAGCGGAGCAUCUGCGGCUGCGCGCGGACGGGCUGAUGGAGCUACGGCGCGUCAAGGACGGCGUGCCUGUUCUCGUCACCGCGGGGCGAGUCUCCCUUCCUGACACCUGCCGUGACUAUAUCGAGUCGUGCGAGAUCACCGUGCUGGACGAGUCGAUCGGGGCCGUCCAGCUGAAGUGGAUCAACGGCUCUGCGCUGCGCGUGGUGGCGGCGAACCCUGCGGGCGUGGAGAAGGGCGAUCUGUCGGCGCUGCCGUUCGACCGCGACCACGGCAACCCCGCCUCCGACCCCUCCUGGGCCAAGAAGCUGGCGUGCGGGUUCGUGUGCGAGUUCAGCGUGGCGCAGCACGCGGAGGAGGAGGCGCGCGGAAUGGCGGAGGUGGAGCUGGACAUGCGCACCGCGGGGUACUGGUUCGGCGGGGGGCACUACAUGCGCCAGCACUGGCCGCUCAACCGCGGCCAGUUCGAGAUGGGUCCCUUCUUCCCCUUUGACAACGGGCCAAACGGCACCAACACGCUGCUCGCCCCGCAGUGGAUGACCUCACGUGGGCUGCUCGUGCUGGCCAAUCCGGACACGCCCUUCCUGCACGUGGGGCUGAACGCGCCCCACGUGGGCCCCCACGACGGCUGGAUCCAGCGCUCCUGGGGCACGGGCGUGCAGAACCUGGCGCGGGAGUCGCUGCCAGCGGUGGAGAACGGUACGGGGGACGGCAUGCUGCGCCUGCAGGCGCGGGCGAGCUACCGCACGGUGGAGAUGCUGCACCCGCUCCGCGACUGGAUGCCCGCCAUGUGGAAGGAGGAGCAGGACAAAGACCAGCGCCUGAGUCUCCAGUUCGCCCUGUGCGCCACUGCAAACGUCAAGCAAGCAGCGGAAGCCGCGCUGGAGACCCUCCCGCGCCCGGCGAAUCCCCCGCCGAGGGAGAUGGUGGAUGCACCGAUCUGGACGACGUGGGCGCGGUACCACGCCAACGUGACGCAGGCCAAGGUGGAGCAGUUCGCGCAUGAGAUCGUGGGGCGCGGGCUGUCCCGGUCCGUCAUGGAGAUUGACGACAAGUGGCAGACCAAGUACGGCGACUUUGACUUUGACCCCGUCAAGUUCCCCAACCCCAAGGCUAUGGUGGAGAUGCUGCACGCGUUGGGCUUUAAGGUGACGCUCUGGAUCAUGCCCUUCGUGGAGGAAGCUUCCGCCGCCUACCAGGAAGGAGCACCCAAAGGCUACUUCAUCUCAUCCAGUGCACCGGCCACCAAGGGGCUCAAGCCGGGCUUCUUCAAGUGGUGGCAGCCCGUGCCAGCAGCGGCCCUCGACGUGACCAACCCCGAGGCCGUGGCCUGGUUCGUGGGGCGCCUCAAGCGCCUGCAAGCAGAUUAUCUCAUCGACGGCUUUAAGUUUGACGCGGGGGAGCCGUGCUUCCUGCCGCCGCAUUUCGUUACGCACAAGCCGAUCGUCACCCCGGUGGAAUACACACGGCUGUACGUGCAAGAGGUGGCGUCGCAGUUCAGCUACGCGGAGGUUCGGACCGGGCACAAGACCAGCAGCGUGCCGCUGUUAACCAGAAUGGGCGAUCGGUUUUCCACGUGGAGCACGGGGAACGGGCUAAGGAGCGUGAUUCCCACGCUGCUCACGUCGGGGAUUCUGGGGUACCCGUUCUGUUUACCCGAUAUGGUGGGGGGGAACGCGUACUUUGGCAACAAGCCAGACGUGGAGCUGCUGGUGCGGUGGGCGCAGGCGAACGCGCUCAUGCCGGCCAUGCAGUUCUCCAUCGCCCCCUGGGACCUCAGCAAGGAGGCCGACCGCCUCUGCAAGGCCGUGCUCGAGCUGAGGGAGAAGGUAGCGGGCACCAUAUUCAGCCUCAUGGAGGAUGCAUGCUCCAAGGCCCUCGCCCCCGUGUGCCGCCCCAUGUGGUGGCUCGACCCCGACGAUGCUGAGACGUUCCCCAUAGACGACCAGUUUGCGAUAGGCGAUGACAUCGUGGUGGCUCCUGUGGUGGUCAAGGGGCAGAAGAAGCGCGACGUCUACCUCCCCAAAGGCGCGUGGUGCGAGCUGCUGAACCCGUCCAACACGUUUGAAGGCCCCACCUGGCUGGAGGAUGUGGAAGCGCCUCUGCACAUCAUCCCCAUAUACUGCCGAGUCGUGCCGACCGACAUUGCGUCACCAAACCAGGAGGGCGGGCAGGAGGUGGCAGACCACGCAAGCGCAAUGGUGCCGGUGCCCGUCCGGAUAGAAGACGCAGCGCUGGUGAUUGCUGAUAGCGAGGCUCUUGCGGAGGGCUCAGCGACACAAACAGUGAAAUGCUGA